UACUUAAAAACAAAUACCAAGGUUGAAACUAGAACGCUUGAAGAUAUGACAAUUCGCGUGAAAAGCAUUAACAACAUUUGCAUUGCAACACAUGUAAAUGACUACAAUUUCACAAGUCAGCUUCAAUUACAUGCAGCUGAACAUAUCGCACAAAGAUGGUUGGACGAAUUAGAAAAAGAUGAGGGAUACGAGAAACCUUUUUCACCGCCAUCAUUUUACACUAUAUUUAAUGAGGAAAUUCUUUCUGAUAUCUCCCCUCCAUCACAGACAAGCUGUACAGACGAAAACGAUGGACCAUACGGCCCGCAAUACAAUACUUAUACAGACGAAAACGAUGGACCAUACGGACCGCAAUACAAUACUUAUACAGACGAAAACGAUGGACCAUACGGACCGCAAUACAAUACUACCAACUCACUACCCAAAAGACGACACACUGUUUAAUGUACUU